UCGCAAGUAGUAAGUAGUGCAGUGCGCGAAUCGUGUUUACAAACAGAAAGGUGUUCUUCCGCAGAGCGAGGAGCAACAAUGACGGGCCUGGCCGAGCAGAUUAAGCAUUUGUACGACGCCAAAUUGUACUCGAACGUGGUGGCGCUGUGCAACAUCGCGGUGCCGGCGUGCGACAACAACCCGGAGGUGCUGGGCAUUCCGCACCAGCGGGCGCAGACGCUCGUGGUGUACGGAGACUCGCUGCUGCGCACCGGACACCCGCGCAAGGCCGAGAGCGUGCUGGAGAAGGCGCUGCUGCUGCGCAAGUGCAUCCUCAAGCCCAAGGGCGCAACCCUCGGCGACUACGAGGUCCUCCUCGACGUCGACAUCAAGUAUUUGAUACACGAGUGCCGCGUUUGCCAGCACGACGGCGCCGGGGCGAUUUCCAUUCUCGAGACCGUGUCCGCCAAGGCCCGCAAUCCGCGCGUCAACAUGGCCCUCGGCAAGCUCUACGCCGCCCGCGGCCUCGAGAGGUCCGCCAUAACAGCCUACAAGGAGGUCCUCAAGGAGGCGCCGCUAGCGAUCGAGGCGGCGGAGCAGCUGCUGCGUCUGGGCGUGAGCGGCGCCGAGGUGAUGACGCUGAUGGUGAACGGCUACUGCCGGCUGCGCGGCCUCGACUGGGUGCAGAUGUGGAUGCGCGCGCUGGGCCACCUGCACCAGGGCGAGUACUCGGACGUCAUCACGGCGCUCAAGUCGCUCGACAACAAAAUCAUUUUGCGCGGCUGCUCGCAGCUGACGCUCACCAUCGGACGCGCCUACUACCUCAAGGGCGACUACGCCAGCGCCAUCGACGCCCUUCAGAAGGUCCAAAUAUUCGAUCCGACGGUGAGCGCGGGGCUGGACGUGCGCGCGCACUGCCUCUACCGCGAGAAACGCACCAAGGAACUCGAGAAGCUGGUGGCGCCGCUCGCGGACAGCGUUUCGGCGCCAAUGGUGUCGCCGUGCAACCGCUCCCUGCUCAGCGAGGCCACUCUCGGCGUCCACGGCCCUGAGGUCUGGGUCGCCGUCGGUUGGUACGCCCUUGCGCGCAGCCAGCCCGUCCGAGCGAACCACCUGGCGGCACGCGCCAAGAACCUGUGCCUCCGCGACUCGAGCGUGGAGGCGCUGCUGCUGCGCGGCGCCGCUCAGCGCCAGUUGAAGAGGCUCGACGCCGCCAUUGCGUGCUACCGCGACGUGCUGAACGUUGCGCCGAAAAUGUUUGAGGCCUACGAGGGCCUCAUCAACUGCUACCUGGCGGCGCCCAACCGCAAACGCGAGGCCUUCACCCUGGCUGCCACAGCCUGCCGCAAGCUCAACCACGCCCCACGCGCUCUCACGCUGUACGCGCAGGUGCUGAUGAACGAGCCAGGGUUGUCGUCGAAGGCAAAAAGCGCCUUGGAGAAGGCGCUGAACCAGGACGCACACUUCCUGCCGGCCGCUUACCUUUUGGCCGAGAUGCUGGAGAAGGAGCACAAGUACGACCACGCCAUCGCGCUGCUGCAGCGCCACAUCGACGCCACGCCCAACGCCAAGCUGCACUCGAUGAUCGGCGACCUUCACAGCCGCGUCGGCAACGUCGACAAAGCGCUAAGCCACUUCACGCUAGCUUUAAAUUUUGAUCCUAAAAACCGAGUGGCGCAGGCGGGCAUCGACAAUAUUGACUGCGCAGGCGCUAAUCCCGCAGGCGGAGCCAGCAAGCCGUCGCCGUGUUUUCUGUCGACGCCCGGCGCCGAUGAUGCCGACAUGAGCCUGGACGUCGAAGAAGCCAUCGACAACAGCGACACGGACGAGUUGGACGAAGGCGAGGGUGCGAACUGGCCCGAAAUCUCGUGAAUUCGAUUUACACUUGGACGCAAAAGUGAAGAAAGCGCGAUGGAAAUAAGUUAGAAUCUCUGUUUUAUUGAAAAGACUUAUUACAGUGUAAAAAUGGCAGCUGUGGUGGGGGCGUGUGAGGGGGCGUGGCUGCUCUAGGCGGCGGGAAGGUGUUCGUGGCGGCGCUGCCUGCGCAGCCACUUGUGCAGCACGUGCGUGUUGAUGACCUGCGCCUUGGGGCCCUCGGUGCGGAUGUCGAGGUGCGCCGUCGGCUCGAAUUCCAUCUCCGAGUCGCCAGCGUCGGCCGUGUCGAGGCCGCGGCCGCCCUCGACGCCGCCGCUGUGGCCGCCCUUGGGCCAGCCCUGCGCCGUCCGCAUCACGUAGCCGCCCCUCGACGGCCCCCAGCCUGCAUCCCGGCCCCCGCCGCCGCUCUCCAGCCACUUGGGACGCGUCUGCUCGGCCAUCGGGUCCAUCGAGUUCACCCUGCGAAGCACAAAAAGUGAUUCAAAGCUUUGGCGCUGGUGUCGCGGAAAAGGCGGGAUUUUCUUUUUCUUUUUGGCAUUCCGACGAAAAUUUGCGGUAAAUUUGAAUGUGUGUGUGAGUGCAAGUUCUAAAAGUUCUUAUGUUUCCCUGUUCUCUAGUUAAAAGCAAUUAUUUACCACCAAGCGAUGGCGCCAAAAUCACUCUUAUGUAACUGAAUUUUUGACUUCAGAGAUGUACAUUAAUUUAUUUCUUGUAACUCUCUUUACAAAUAAAAUUUACGACUAUUUCUAGCGGA